UCGUCGGCCCUCAACAUGCUGAAUGAAAGUUCAUGUGGCCCUCUGGCUGUAAAGUUUGGAGACCCCUGAACUAAAGGAUACAUCUUCCAUGUGACCUCUGCCAUGUUUUAUGUACACACAAUGAAGUACAAGUACCUUCAUUGUUGAAAUUCCUUUGUUGCUACGUACUUGCUUAGCAACGACAAAUAACUUUGUAAAUAAACAGCUUGAUUUAGACGCUUCAUUCAUUUAAUAUAAGAUGAAACUCACAAUAAAAUGAUGAACAAACUGUUAGUUUGUCAAUAAAGCAUAAUAUCUGUCGUCCAUACAACAUCGGUAGUCUGUUGCUAUGCAAGGUCUUUGUUUGUCAAAGUUUGGAUUUAAAAUGGUUGGGCAUUUAUGUAUUAUGGUCUUAUUUUUACUCUCGUUUCUUCCUCAAGUUUUAUUGCAGAAUUUGCAUUUUACCCUAGAACCAAAAAGUAUAAUCGUGAGACGAGGAAGUUCUGCAAUCCUCGAUUGUCAAACGAACAUUAAAACUGUGGAUGUGAUAAUUCAAUGGAAGAAAGGAUACCAAUCAUCAUGGAUUCACGACUACAACAACAAAUCAUAUCAGUUGUUAUCCAACCAUUCGUUGUUUUUUCGCAGUGUGGGGACUGAUGAUGAAAAUGUUUAUUUUUGCGCUGCAUAUUAUCGCAGAACACGUAAAACCAUUUAUUCCAACAAUCCAGCUCACAUAACCCUUGCUUAUAUUCGUCCGACGUUUAUCUCUUCCCCGUUAUCAGAAAGUGUCCGCGAACAUGAAUCGGUUAUCCUGACAUGUACUAGCGGUCCUAGUCAACCAUUUGCAACUGUAUCAUGGGAAAAGGAUGGUGAAGCAUUAAAAGAAAAGAAUGAUAUAACGGCACAAAACAUUUUAAAGGAUCGUAACGCAACCUCGUCUACUUUACUGUUGAAGAAUGUGUCGAUUUUUAGGGAUACUGCUUAUUACAGAUGUGUUGCUUUAAAUCCACUCUUGCUUGACGAGCCACAAGUCAGCCAAAGAGCUCGGCUAACUGUACUGCCAUCAAACGACCAUCCACAAAUUUAUAUCCAUCCAGUGAACACCUUGGCUCCAAUUCGUCGACCAUUAAGGAUUGAUUGCUUUAUUGUUGGUGUACCAGAUCCUGUGAUAUUUUGGCUUCAUGACAACAUGCGUGUGAUUAACGACUCCAAUAGAAUGGUGUAUAAGAAUGGUUCUCUGAUUUUCAAAUCUUUAACCAUAAAAGAUAAUGGACUAUAUUCGUGCAACGCUACAAAUGAUAAAGGAUCUGUGACAAGCUCGGAUGUUUUCCUAACUGUUGCCUAUAUUGACUUUUAUUUCAAGCAAGAUCCUAUGAAUCAGACGGUCAUCAACGGAAGCAGAGUAGCGAUGACAUGUGAUCCACCUGAACAUCAUCCUAAAAGGUUGAAAUAUACUUGGUAUAAAAAUUAUAAACCAAUCAGCAGCGGAAGUAGAUACAAUUCGUCACCCACAUCUGGUAGAUUGCUUAUUUCUCCUGUCUUAAGUGAUGAUCAAGGUGCUUAUUUUUGUCAAGUUAAAAGUGUGUAUUCAAUGGAGACACGAGCUUCAAGAGUAGCUUAUCUCACUGUCAACGUUCCUCCAUAUUUCCUAACCAAACCGUCUGACAAGGCCGUUGUUAGGGGGUCUACUUUACGACUGAUCUGCAUUGUCGCUGGCUUUCCAAUGCCUCAUGUCACGUGGUACCAUGAUAAUAAGUUGCUUGGCAACAGUUCACGGUUGUCUCUUUAUGAUAAUGGUAGCUUAGUGCUCUACCUUAUAGAUGUACAAGACUUUGGACAAUACAAAUGUUCUGCUAAGAAUGUUGCUGGGAUUCGUAAUGCUUUUGCAAAUGUUGUUGUUUAUACUUCUCCAAAUAUUACUAUCAAACCUCGUAGCAUUGCUGAAGUAUAUGGAAAGAACGCUACAUUUUCCUGCCGCUUUUCUGGUAGCCCGUCUCCUCUAGUAAAGUGGUAUUUUAUACGAUCAGAUAAGACGAUGUUUGUGAUUGACAAGAAUUUAUCUCGAUACAUUCAAAGAGGUGAUUCGUUGAUUGUGGUUAAUGUAACUGAACAGGACAAUGGCGCGUUCGUUUGUGUUGGUAAAAACAUUGUCGGGACUCAAAAUUUUUCUGCAAGUUUAGAAGUUUUAGUUCCCGCUCGUGUUGUGCACUCUCCACGUAAUAUUACGGUAAAUGAAAGUGGCGUGGCUAUAAUGACGUGCAGUGGCUAUGGCAACCCUGUUCCCUUUAUCACGUGGCUCAGAUAUGGAUUACUAAUGACCAACACCAGUAGAAUAACUGUUAUUGCUGGAUUGUUGAGGAUACGUAGGGUUACAAUAAAUGACACUGGGAUAUACAUUUGUAAUGUAGGGAAUAGCUUGAAAAAUGCAUCAUCGUCUGGUUACUUAACCGUGCAAGUGUCACCUGAAAUUCAACGAAUAGUUGGGCCGUCUAGAGUGGAAUGGCGUCAAAAUAUUUCUUUCAUAUGUGAGGCAUUUGGAGUACCGACACCCCGGAUAUCAUGGUAUAAAGAUGGAGUUCCCAUUUUGUACAACAAAAGGAUAAAUGGAGUAGAAGAGAGGUUAACCAUCAUUAAUACGGAUCACAACGAUACUGGGCUCUAUACUUGUAAAGCGUUCAACAUUAUUAACUCAACAUUCAAAAUACGGCAGCUCAUCGUUGAAGUUCCUCCAAACAAACCAAUUUACGUCAAGAUUAUCAAUACUUCGUAUGAUUCUCUUCACAUUAUUUGGAUGCCCGACUUUGAUGGUAAUACUCCAAUCAUUUUCUACAAGGUCCAAUUUAAUGUGAACAUGUCGCUUGAAUGGCGUGAUGUGUCGAUGCUGAUAAAAAGUGAGAACUUUACUGUACGCAAUUUGCAAGCAUACACAUUAUAUUAUGUUAGAGUUUAUGCUGCUAACAAAGUCGGAUGGAGUGAACCGAGUGACACGAUAUGGGCUCGAACUCUUGAAGACUAUCCGUCACAACCACUACGUCUACGAUGCCAAGCAUUAAAUCAUAGUACAAUAUUUCUUGAAUGGAAUGAACCCACCAAUCCAAAUGGCAUAAUUCGCAAUUACCUAGUUGAAUAUAACAAUAGUAGUUUCAAAGCUGAUCUUCACGUUUCCAUGUUGAUACACUACAUGUUUCAUCUUAAAUCAUUCACGUGGUACACAUUUAAAGUUAAAGCAGCAACAAUACGUGAUGGAACAUUGCUAUGGGGAAAUUUCUCCUCCAAUACAAGUUGUCGUACUGGAGAAUCAGCGCCAAGUUCCUCUCCGAAGCUUUUGUCAUUAAUUGCUCUGGGUCCUCAUUCGAUUAUGGCCAAAUGGCAGGAUAUUCCAGCGGACUCUAAAAACGGUAUCAUUCGAGGAUAUUAUCUGCAAUUUAAAACGAUGAACGAUAAAGACGUAAUGCUUGUUUAUGCUGAUGGUAAUAACACACUUGUGUACAACAUAACAGGGUUAAAACCAUGGUCAAAAUAUGACAUAAGAGUUGCUGCAGCAACUGUUGCCAUUGGACCAUGGAGUGAAUGGAAAAUGUCAAUGACUAUGGAGGAUGUGCCUUCAGGAAAACCACGCGACAUUGUUGUCAUGGCAAUAUCUUCAAGAAGCCUGUUAGUGAGUUGGACACGGCCAUCUUUGGAGACUCAAAAUGGCGUUAUACUUGGCUACGAUGUAUUAUACAAGGAGAGUGGGUCGACAAAACUUGCAAGAAUUUUCAAUGUUGCAAAUACGACGAGUGUCGUGUUGUCUGGAUUGACGCCAUUCACUGGUUAUGACGUAAGAAUUCGCGCAUUCACGAAAAUUGGUCCUGGACCAUACAGUGAAGACGUUUUUAACAAAACUUUGGAAAGUUAUCCUGAUGUCAUCCAUCGACUUACCUACAAUAUCACCAAGACAUCCGUAGUUUUUACCUGGAAUCCUCCACUUGUAAAGAAUGGAAUCAUUAUGGGCUAUAUAACCUAUGUGAAUUACACAACUACUAUACGAAGUUCUGAAAAUAAUGUAACGUCUUACAAUGUUACCAGAGGCUCAUGGGAAGUAGCAACAAAAGAGACUCGUGCUGAAUUUGAGAUUGUGUAUGGCAAUGUGACGUAUAUUGCCUGCGUUGCCGCGCGAACUAGCGUGGGGCUUGGAUCUUGUUCUAAUCCUUUGACCUUUUCUACUAAUCUCACCAAGAUUGAGAUGGCCAAAACUAGUGAGAAAAAAACAACGUCAAUUUUUAAUGAUCAUUUUCCUUUGAUUAUUGGUGGGUCACUGCUGUUUCUAAUUUUGUUAUUCAUUAUUUUAAUUUGUUGCUGCAUACGUCGGAGAAAUAGAAAAAAACAAGGUUAGAAAGUUUAUGAUUAUUUCUGUUAGAAAACGAAAGCUAUCUCUGAAUGAGAGGUGUGAA